AUGUUUGACCAGCCUAUCAUCGACCUUGGCUGGCUCUCCGACCCCGCCGACGCCGAGGUCGCCGUCGCCAUCUUCAAGCGAGCCCGUGCCGCGUGGGAGACCUCUUCACUCGGCAGCAUCAAGGCCACCCCGGAGCUCGUGCCGGGCGCCGCUGUGUCUACGGACGAAGACAUUCUCAACUACAUCAAGGGCGGUGCUAGGCCUAUUUGGCACGCUAGCGGAACGUGCAAGAUGGGCAAGGCCGACGACGAACUGGCCGUCGUUGAUUCCAAGGCCAGGGUAUACGGUGUCGAGGGUUUGAGGGUCGUGGAUGCGUCCGUCCUACCCAUCAUCAUGCCCGGGCACCCCAUGGGAACCCUUUACAUGCUUGCCGAGAAAAUUGCUGCGGAAAUUCAAGCCGAGGCUUAA